CUCCCGCCCGCCGCCGCAGUGACAGGCGAGCCGGGCCGGGUGGCGGAGAGGAAGUGCCGGGCCGCCUCGCCGAGCCUGUCCCCGCCGAGGCCGGCUCCCCCCGGCGGCUCGGGUGACAGUGUCGCGGCCGCCGGGCGCAACGCCGGGCACGCGCGGGCUAGAGCCGAGCGCCAGGCGGACGCUUCAGCGGGGCCGCGGGGAAAAUGGCUGAUGACUUUGGCUUCUUCUCGUCGUCGGAGAGCGGGGCCCCUGAGGCGGCCGAGGAGGACCCGGCUGCUGCCUUCCUGGCCCAGCAGGAGAGUGAGAUCGCCGGCAUAGAGAAUGACGAGGGCUUCGGAGCACCUGCAGGCAGCCAGGCGGCCCUGGCGCAGCCGGGACCGGGAAGUGGAGCUAGUUCUGAGGACCUGGGAACCACAGUCAAUGGAGAUGUGUUUCAGGAGGCGAAUGGUCCCACCAACGGCUAUGCUGCGAUUGCCCGGGCUGACAGGCUGACGCAGGAACCUGAGAGCAUCCGCAAAUGGCGAGAGGAGCAGAGGAAACGGCUGCAAGAGCUGGAUGCUGCGUCCAAGGUAAUGGAACAGGAGUGGCGAGAAAAGGCCAAGAAGGACCUGGAGGAGUGGAACCAGCACCAGAGUGAACAAGUUGAGAAGAACAAGAUCAACAACCGGAUCGCUGACAAAGCAUUCUACCAGCAGCCAGAUGCUGACAUCAUCGGCUACGUGGCCUCUGAGGAGGCUUUCGUGAAGGAAUCCAAGGAGGAGACUCCAGGCACGGAGUGGGAGAAGGUGGCCCAGCUGUGUGACUUCAACCCCAAGAGCAGCAAGCAGUGCAAAGACGUGUCCCGCCUGCGCUCGGUGCUCAUGUCCCUGAAGCAGACGCCACUAUCCCGCUAGGUGGCUGCCACAAGCAUGGCCAUAAAGCAUGGGCUGUACUCGGCAUGGGAGCAGCAGCUGCUUCAGCCAGGGUGGUAACUGCCUCCAGCAGCUGCUUCACAGCCUACUCCGAUCCUCCCCAUCUCCUGGGGCCAGGAAGGGGAACCCUCACCCACUCACCCGUCAUUCCCUCCUGGCCCUUGGCCCAGCCACUCACACCUCCUCUCAGUCUACAAAAUUAUGACUGUCCCUCCUGAUGUAUUUUUUUUUUUGGCUUAAAGGGUGUGUUGUUAACUCUUUUUACACUUAUUUAUUAUCUUAUUUCUCUGGAAGC